AACAGCCAAACGCGCUGCACUGCAACAGGCACAGACGCCGGUAGCAGCGUGCCCUGCAGGGCCGGGCUGGAGGCCCGGGGAGGGGAGGAGAAGAAGAGGCAGAGGGACAGGAAGACCGAGAGGUAGCCGAGGCGCCGAGCAGGGGCAGGCAGCGGCCCGGCCCCGCCCCUCCGCUUCCAGGGGCCGUCGCGGCCGCUCGGCAGCGCUGCGAGGAUGGAGCCACCCGAGGAGGUGCGGGCGCGGCUGGAGCGGGCCGGGCAGGGUCACGUCCUGCGCUUCUGGGCCGAGCUGGACCCGGCGCAGCGCGCAGAGCUGCUGGCCACGCUGCCGCCCGGGCUGGGCGAGCACUGCCGGCUGGCGGCGGCCUGCGCCCGGCAGCGGGAGCACCUGGAGCGCCUGGACGGGCGCGUGGAGCCGCUGCCCGCCGCGCUCCUGGGCAGCGCCCGGCACUGCGGCCCCACCGUGCUGCAGCGCUGGGAGGACGAAGGUUUGCACCAGAUCUCACAGAACAAAGUGGCAGUGCUGCUGCUAGCUGGAGGACAAGGAACCCGCCUGGGAGUCAGCUACCCCAAGGGCAUGUACAAUGUGGGAUUGCCCAGUGGCAAAACCUUGUAUCAGAUCCAAGCAGAAAGAAUCCGCAAAGUGGAGCAGCUCGCUGGCCAGAGACACCAUUGCAAGUGUACCGUCCCCUGGUACAUCAUGACAAGUGAGUUCACACUGGGGCCAACAGAGGAAUUCUUUGUAAAACACAGCUACUUCAACCUGGAUAAAUCCAAUGUGAUCAUGUUUGAACAGAGGAUGCUGCCAGCUGUCACCUUUGAUGGGAAGGCCAUCUUGGAGGAGAAGGGGAAAAUUGCUAUGGCUCCAGAUGGCAAUGGUGGCUUAUAUCGUGCUAUGGUGGAUAAUAAGAUCUUGGAUGACAUGAAGCAGCGUGGCAUCCAGUACGUCCAUGUGUACUGUGUAGACAACAUUCUUGUCAAGAUGGCAGAUCCAGUCUUCAUAGGCUUCUGUGUUUCCAGAGGAGCAGAUUGCGGUGCCAAGGUGGUGGAGAAGGCCUACCCCACAGAGCCUAUUGGGGUGGUGUGCCGCAUGGAUGGGGUCUCUCAGGUGGUGGUGGAGUACAGCGAGAUCAGCCCAGAGACUGCACAGCAGCAAAGACCUGAUGGGGGGCUGAUGUACAGCGUUGGCAAUAUCUGCAACCAUUUCUUCACUGUUGAGUUUCUGCAGAGAGUGGCCCAAAAACACGAGUCCCAGCUGAAGCACCAUGUGGCCAUAAAGAAGGUGCCUUACAUUGACGAGGAGGGAAAUCUGGUAAAACCGCUAAAACCGAAUGGAAUAAAGCUGGAGAAGUUUGUGUUUGAUGUGUUCCAGUUCUCUAAGAAUUUUGUGGCAUUUGAAGUUUUGAGAGAAGAGGAGUUCUCGCCUUUGAAGAAUGCAGACACAGCUGAGAAAGACAAUCCUACCACUGCUCGGCAGUCCCUCCUGGCCCAGCACUACCGCUGGGCUCUCAAGGCUGGGGCCAGAUUUCUGGAUGAAGAUGGUUGCAGGAUACCAGAGAAGCUCAGUCUUUCAGGAACUGAAGAUCCUCCAGCUGUGUGUGAGAUUUCUCCAUUAGUAUCUUACUUUGGAGAGGGUCUGGAGGCGUACAUGAAGAACAAAGACUUCUGUUCUCCCUUUAUACUCGAUGAAGACAAAGCAGAAAUGCUAGGAAGUUCUUGAAGAGGAGGGAGGACUUCUCCCGCUCAAAUCAAAUGUGUGUCUGUCAGAGCCAUUAUAAGAACUGACCCUACUAAAAUGUCACACGAAGUGCCUUAUGAAAACAUGCUUUGCAGUACCAGAUUGAUGCCAUAUCCUUGCAGCAGUUGUAUAUAUGCAUGUGUGCACACUCACCAGAUCUGCUUGGUAACUUUGAAGGCUGUGCCUUUAACCUUGGUGUGUUUUGUAGACAGUGAUAUGAAUGACAAUUAAUACUUUCCAGGUACCAGAUAGAUUUUAUAUUUCCUUCUUCUAGUGCAUACAAAUAUAUAACAGAGCCACCUGGGGUCUAAUCGAUCAGCUUUGCACAAAGAUUAAAUCUCUGCAAUGCCUUCCUUUGUAUCUUAUUUGUCCCGUUGUUUCUAUUUUUUUUUUUUUUUUGUAUGUUUGCUUGUUUUAAACUGUGCAGAAUGGAAGGAGUCAUUGUGAUGCCCUAUCUGAAAAGUAUGUAAUGACUUUGUGUACUGGACCCUUUCUGUCCGAAGAUCAGUCUUUUCUGUAAUCCUCUGCUGGUCAGGAGAUGCAGUUCAGCAGUCACAUCCUGUAAUCAGUGUGUAUGGAGGAGUGUGCUGCAGCUGGGGUCCUUCUGUGUGUAAGUUUUGCUUGAGAUGUGGACUCUGCAGCAGGUGACUCUAGGUUGCAUACAUAGGCUCAAUGGUGGCAGUCCAAGAAAACAUAAUAUGCAACUCAGACCAAGUGCUUUUUAGAGCUGUAGUGACUUAUUUUCUUUUUUAUCUGUUUUCACAACAGCCUUCUUCUCUUUCUCUUUUAUGACAGUCAUUUAUUUUGCUUUUCAUUUUUCUGUUUGAUACAUAUAACAUCCCUCAGGGAGGGACUUUUGUGAAGUGCCCAGAAGUGAUAGUGACAGCAGGAACAAGUUGUGAUGGCAGAAUUUGAGGCUUAAUCCCAACAUCAGCAACAUACACAGCAAAAUGCCUCUGCUUCUACAGUUUCUGGGCAAGUGGUUUUCCAGCACUUCUUCAUUUAAGGAAAUAAUUCUUUAGAUGCCUUCCUUUUAAUAUGGAUUACUGACCAUAAUAUAUCAACUAAUUAAGGAAGGUAAUUUUGCAGAAUCUGAGUAGCACAGCAGCUCAGCCCCGGCUGAGGGGUCACUGGGUGGCCGUGCUUCACAGCUGCCUGCUCCUGCUCCGCCCCAGCAGAGCUGUGCUGCAGGUACUGCACACCAAAGGAGGACUCUUCAGGUGCGUUGCUGAGCAAGGUUGGGUUGAUGAGCACACUCUGCUUUUCCUCCAGUCAGCUGCAAGGAAGGUGACGAGGAGGAGACCUUUCAGAUGAGGCAUUUCAUGUCUCUGCUUCUACUACAGAAUUGUCGAUGCUGAUAUUAAGCAUUAAUCUUUUUCAUAACUGAAUUUCUGAAAUUCUUCCUGUGAAGCUGUAUUCAGAAUAUUGGUGAAAAUAAAAAUAGCUCUGAGAGUAAUUAUCAUUUAUAAAUGAUAAUUACUGUUAUAAGUAAUUAUAAGUAUCAUAAGCGAUAUAAGUAGGCUCAUAUUCUAUAGAGAAACCAUCUAAAUGUUGAUGGCAUAAUUUAAAGAUACAAAGUGUAUUUGCAUAUAUGUGAGUAAUUAGCCUUUUGUAUGUGCAGACCAUCUAAUUACAGUUGUGAUUACCUCUUGCUGCAUGUGCAACCAGUAUUUUUAGUAGAAUUUUUAGUGUAAAUUGAGCAUUUGUCUUUGACACUCAAUUCUGUGUUGUUUAUUGUGCAUUUUUCUGUGGGUCGUUUCCAUUCCUGUCAAUCAAGUUUUGCAUCUGAGAACUAAUUGCAUUGUAUCUUUGUGAGUAUUGCCCAUUGAUUUGGGCCCAGAUUGUUUUAAAUUGCACUGUGCUGUGAAGAAAGAAUAUUCUUCUCUUCUUUCUAAAAUGCUUUUUGAAACUGAAUUACUGUUCAUUUUCUGUAUGCUUUAAUGGUGUGAACACUGAACUGCUGAUGUAUUUUUAGAGAUUGUUUUUGAGGAGAAGUGGAAUUAGGAUGCUGAAUGCCUUGUGUGUUUUGUUUCAUUUUCCAGAAAUUUUUGGUGAAUUAAGCAUUUUGAUAAUAAAGAUGUUACUGUCAU